UUGACCCAGGUAGAUUCCACACAGCAUCUUCCAGGGAACGCCAGGAGGCAGUGGUAGCAGCUGCAGCUACUUCCUCCCCGCCAUCUCCCAGAGAGCCCCGCGACCAUUUCCCCUUCCUAGAGAAGAAAACCAAUGCCACGGACCGCAAGGAAUCCUGUGAGCCCGUGUAACCCACGUGAAGAGGUGACGCACAAUUACAGGCAUGCCAGGACCAGGAGGAUCAACCAACAAAACCGGUGCAACAGCAGGGUAUCAGAGGACAACUCAGCCCGUCCAGGUGAUGUCUCCCCGUUGCCUACCCGCUUCAAUGCCCCACUCCCAGGCCUGACUCAAGCCACAUUGGGGUGUCUGUCCUGGAUCACUUGCCUGGCCUGCUUCCUGAGGACUCAGGCCCAACAAGUUCUGUUCAACACCUGCAGAUGCAAGCUGCUCUUCCAGAAGGUCAUGGAAAAGACAGGUGUUCUGGUCCUCUGUGUUUUUGGAUUCUGGGUGCUUUCUAUCCACAUGCCAACCAAAAUGGAAGUCUGGCAGGAUGGCAGCAUAAAGAGUCCACUGCAAAGCUUGCGGCUGUACCAGGAGAAGGUGCGGCAUCACACUGGGGAAAUCCAGCACCUCCGAGGCAACAUGAACCAGCUCAUUAUCAAGCUCCAGAUGAUGGAAGCCUUGUCAGAUGAGCAAAGAAUGGCCCAGAAAAUAAUGAAGAUGAUACAAGGAGAUUACAUUGAAAAGCCAGACUUUGCCUUGAAGUCUAUAGGGGCCACCAUCGACUUUGAGCAGACGUCAGCCACAUACAACUAUGACAAGGCUCGCUCCUACUGGAACUGGAUCCGGCUGUGGAACUAUGCACAGCCCCCGGACGUGAUCCUGGAGCCCAAUGUGACACCAGGCAACUGCUGGGCCUUCUCAGGUGACCGUGGCCAGGUGACCAUCCGGCUGGCCCAGAAGGUCUAUCUGUCCAACCUGACGCUGCAGCACAUCCCCAAGACCAUCUCGCUGUCGGGCAGCCUGGACACCGCCCCCAAGGACUUCGUCAUCUACGGCAUGGAAGGCUCCCCCAAAGAAGAGGUGUUCCUAGGGGCAUUUCAGUUUCAGCCUGAAAACAUCAUUCAGACGUUCCAGCUGCAGAACCAGCCCCCCCGGAGUUUUGGUGCAGUCAAGGUGAAGAUAUCCAGCAACUGGGGGAACCCACGCUUCACCUGCCUAUACCGUGUCCGAGUGCACGGCUCCGUGACCCCCAGAGAGCAGCCCAACUAGGGCCCCUCCCCAAGAGAUUAAAGUCUAUUCUU